AUGCGGUGGUGCUUAAUCUCUCCGUCGAUAGCUCCUCCGCCCAGCUCCAGUCUCAGUUAUGGGUUUGGCCGUCGAAGAUUCAGUUCUGCAAUUACAAGUUUCCGAAUUUACGCGACUGCUGACGGAGUGGAAGCUCCGGAGGAACCCAAGGAGGAACACAGACUCGAAUCGGAAUCUCCUUCCCCUUCCCCUUCCUCGUCGUCGUCGCCUUCUGCACUCGGUAAAGACUUGAAAAAGGUAGUUAACAAGACGGCAGCAACGUUUGCUCCGAGGGCGUCCACAGCAAGCAAAAACCCAGCUGUCCCUGGAACGACUCUAUACAAAGUGUUUGAGGUUCAAGCAUAUGCAUCAAUGUUGGUGGGAGGGAUCCUUUCUUUCAACCUCCUCUUUCCCUCUGACGAACCUGACAUAUGGAGGUUGAUGGGCAUGUGGUCCAUUUGGAUGUUCACUAUUCCUUCUCUUCGAGCACGAGACUGUCCAAGUAAAGAGAAAGAGGCUCUUAACUAUCUUUUCCUCAUCGUCCCGUUACUCAAUGUUGCUAUCCCCUUCUUUUGGAAAUCCUUUGCUCUUGUCUGGUCUGCUGAUACACUUGCCUUCUUUGCCAUGUAUGCCUGGAAGCUUGGAUGGCUGGAAAAAACAGAGUAG